CAUUAUAAGUAAAUGCACAAUUUAUUUAUUUUUUUUGAAACAGUAAAUGCACAAUUUUUGUUUGCUACAAAUGAUUUUUUUUUUUUUUUUUUUUUUUGGGUUACAUUCAUAGAAAUUUUAGAUGGAACUUGGUUUGGUAUGACUUUGUUAUGUCAAAAUGAUUUCACAAAUUAAAAUCUGGGUGUUAAGUUUAAGAUAGACGGACUUUUUAUGUUACUCUUAAUAAUCUGAUCUGAUCUAAUAUUUUGAUCCAUUUUAUGUCAAAAUUUGAUCAGAUUAUUAACUAUAAGAAAAGAAAUGGUGGUGUAUGUAUAUACGGAGUAAAUAUAAAACAGAAAAGUUUUCUAGGGAGAACAAGAUAGGUUAUUCACAAGUUUUGUACACCAUCAUGAAAAUUUUGCUAAUAAUCUCUCUAAAUAAUGCAAUUUCUUUGUCUCAUUGUCCUUUACCUUACAACACUUCAUUUGAUUUACAUGCCACACACUGUGUUUGCAGAAGGCUCAAUAUCUCAUGUAAUCAUCGUCGAUCAAUCAGGCCAUGGACACUUUAGAAAACUACAACAUGCUAUCGAUUCUGUUCCUCAAGGCAAUCACAAGUGGAUAGAAAUUCAAGUUCGAGCUGGUGUUUACAGUGAAAAGGUAGAGAUCCCUAGUAACAAACCUUACAUAAGCCUAGUUGGGGACGACAGAAACAAUACUGUGAUACAAUUUUCCGAUGGAGGUGGCAGCCAUACACCGGAAUAUGCAACGUUUUCAGUGUCCGCGGACAACUUUGUUGCAAGGCGUAUUACUUUCAAGAACAUAUAUCAUCCUCCUAUCAUUUCCCAAGCUCCAGCAGUUUCAGUAUCCGGAGAUAAAGUUGCGUUCUAUGAUUGUGGAUUUAUAGGUGUGCAAGACACAUUGACUGAUUUUUUGGGACGUCACUUGUUCGACGGGUGUUAUAUUGAAGGUUAUAUCGAUUUCAUUUGGGGAUAUGGCCAAUCCAUGUAUCAUGGUUGCACGAUAAAUGUGACUAGUGGACCGUAUAAUGAUAAAAUAUAUGGGGCUGGUUACAUAACAGCACAAGGCAGAAAAAAUAUUGAAGAUAGCAAUGGGUUUGUGUUCAAAUAUUGUACGGUGGUAGGCACUGCCUUUGCAUAUCUUGGAAGACCGUACCAAAGGUAUUCUAGAGUUGUUUUUUACAAAAGCUACCUCUCUGAUAACGUUGUUCCAUCAGGUUGGAAUUCUGGUUUCGUCACUAACCAUGGAGGUUCAGUAGUACACGCGGAAGUAGAUUGCGUAGGACCUGGUUCAGACACAUCUCAGCGAGUAAAGUGGGGGAGAAAGCUUAAAUCUAACGAACUGAACCUUCUAGUUAACACAAACACAUUUAUCAACCAGGACCAUUGGGUUGCGAAUCAACCUCUUCCUACUAGAAGAAUAUCUCCUAAGUUAUUGACGUUAAGGUCAUCUACCACCAUGAAGAAAAUUCGACGACAACGACGAAUUAUUCCACCUUCGCAUUAAUUUCCUUUCGCCCAUCCUCGGAAGGGCUAAUUUAGGAGCUC